ACGCAGCUAAAGCGGGAUAGCUCCGCUUGGCCAUGUCAAUAAGCGUUGUCUGUGAGUCUACAUCAAGAAUUGUCACAUUCAUUCAAUUGAGAAAAAUGUAAAUUGUCAAGACGCUGAUGUACAACACUCCGUUCGGCAGGGUGAAGCAAGCCCAACACUCAGUCCACUGGCCUGUGCCUCGCUUUUAAAGGAUUAACUCAGGACAUCAGAUGGAAACGGAUAUUUACUUCAGUAAAUAACAGCAGCUGGAGGUCCUUUGGAGCUAACCGCUUAACAUGAAGCCAGUCAGCUAUCAAAGAAUGGCGUCCUCUCUGAAUGGUGGACAAAAAGAUGUAGGUUUGGAUUGCCUAUUAAGCACCUCAAAAGUUAUGUACUGUGAGAAAUGUGGAUUUGUCUCUGCAGACUCUACAGUGUUCAAGAAGCACAUGCUGGAGCACAUGGGAACAAGAUUUUACUGUUUUUAUUGUAACAAUGUCUCAUACAGUGAAGCGGAAUUACAUGUUCACCUAAAACAGCACACUGCAAAGUAUCCAUACAAAUGCCAUUACUGUGGACAGGUGUACAUGAGGAGGCAGUGCCUUGUGAAGCAUAUUGAGCGUUUGCAUGGCAAAUCAGUUGAUCAAAGACUCAGUAAGCCCGACACACACGCCCCUGUGUCCAGUGUCUUACCAAGAGUGCUUACUACUGAUGUGUCUCCAGUGAGGCCAACAGUUAAGGUCAGAGUGCCAACUACCAUUACACCUCAAGUCAGACUGGAUGAAGACCUACAGAGGGGUAAAGCAGUUGACACAAAUGCAACCAGUGUCCCCAAAGUUGCAGAACUGUUGUCCCCUCUACAUGAACUCAUUCAGCACAAUAGGGCUCUCACUGUUUCACUCCCAGAGGAAGUGACAAUCCCUGCCGGCUGCUUGGUUGAACUUGUUGAGGUGAAAACUGUAAAUGGGACAAAGGAACUAAAGCUGAGACUUGUCUCUCAACAAGAAAAUGGGUCUGUGAUAAAAGACAGCAGGACCACAGGCUCACAAAACACAACACUAGGAAAGCCAUCAGCAGCUGCAUUAAACAGUCCAAAUACAGUGAAGCCUCCAAAUAUGGGGGUGUGUACAGUAAACAGGAAACAGUGUGAAAUAAAGAGUCCGAAUGUGCAUCGUCCUGUAGUUCCAGUCAGUGUUGCUAGAAACAUCCCAAAUCAAAUAAGCAAAGACAAACGUGGAAUCAAAAGAACAUUACAAGAAAUGAUGAACCUCAAUGUGGAAUCUCCAGCUGUUGUUCCCACUAAAGUGUCCAAAACCAUGCAAAAUCCAGCCAGAGAAGGAAAUUGUGUAAUCAAAAAUCUUCAGAGAGAAAUGGUGAGUGUGCAUGUGGCACCUCCCACAAAUGUCCUCACCAAGACCACCAAUACGUUGACAAACAUGCUGAAUCCAGAAAACUUGGGAACGGGUGUAUCCCAGAGAACGCUGAAUGAGAAAAAGAAUUUGCUUCCAGAGCAUCUCAAGAGUAUCCCACCUCGAAUGGUGCAUGACGUGAAACGCGCUCCUCAAGAUUUGCAAGUGGCCGUGAAAGAAGAACCAUGUUACAUCACCUCCAAGAACAGCACUACUGCAAACAUAAAGGAAGAGAGAGUGGGACAGAAUCAACAGAGUCUCAUGUCAGCCUGCAUUUCCUUGAGUGUUCCCUUAGCUGCACAUAACCAAGAGACAUCUUCAACACUUUUAGACAGAAAGGUUAAUGCCACUACAGAUCCAUCCUGUCUGUUGUUGGACACUGCAUGCAGGACUUCAGUUGAUUCCUCAUUAACCAAACAACCUAGGGAGGAUGGAGGCUCUACUCUCACAGACUCAAAGGCCUCCCCUUGGGCUCAGUCAGGGAGGUGCAAUGAGAAGCCGUUUGAAGGAGACACAUCAGAACCUGAGGGUUUUCCUGUCAUCUCAUCUGUUUUUUCAUUAAGCCAACAACCAGAGGAUGUCCAAGGCUCCAUUCAACCACUGGUAUUGGCUUUGCGUGGCAUAGUGAUGAGUAAAAAUAACUGUUCUGUCAAGAUGACUUCCGAUCCUAUCAAGACACCGGAUGUAAUCACACGACACGCUGAGGAGACGCCAACAUCAGGGCACUCACAGGUGAUCGCAACAGCUGUUUCUUCAAACCACAACCAAUUAUUGGCACCCGCAGAGACUGUGAAAACUGAAGAAGCAGAUAAGCACUCACAAACACUCCUUGGGAGUUGUGUCACGAUCAAGGAAGAAACAAAUGGUACUACUCCCAAAGACAAUAAUAAGUGCAAUCAAAGUGUUACUCCAAAAUCCCAGCCCUCAACAGACGAGCAAGAAGCUGCUGGGAUUGCCUCAUGCGCAGAUGCAUCUGUGACUGAAAGCCCUGUGCAACGAGUUUCAGAUGUGGCAGCAAAUGAGCAGGAUAUCUCCUCAAGAUUCCUAACCGUUACUUUGAAAAGGAUACAGUUAGGCUCAUGGAGACAUAGCAAGAAAAGACUGAAACUAAAAAAGGCUUCCAAAGCAAAGACUCAAGUACCCACAGGCAGUCUAAUGGACAGUGCAGUUUUUCACCCACUGCCAUUGAAAGAGGACCAGCUGGUGAAACGACCAGGCCCAAACCAACCUGUGGUGGUGCUUAAUCAUCCCAAACCCCAGGUUCCAAAAAGAGGAGAAGGUACAACUACUUUUGCUGACACAGGAACCUCUGAGGUCGUUCCAAAGUGCCAAAUUUUGAAGAUGAGGUUGAGCAAAGUCAUGGGGCAGAAAUAUGAAGUGAUGGGGUGCACCGUACGGUUCUAUCCCUGAGUUGAUUAGACAAUGUGUCAACAGACAUGAAAAGUGUAAAAUUACAUGGAAAUGACAAGUAUUAUGAUGGAAAGAUGCAGACAUUAGAGAAAAACAAAACAGCUCAGUUAUUUCUGUGUGGGAGCAUUUGAGAAUGACUGGACGUUAAGUUAGCUAUUGUCUGUAUCGGCAUGGUAAGCAUUUCAUGUGCAAUGCAGUCUUACUGCCUUCAGAGAUGGACUGUGGAUCACCUGUAGUAGUUAGCAGUCACCUGAACAUAGACAUUAAAUACUCUUAGUUUCAGAGACAAGUGUUAAUGUAAGGCUGAAACAUCAUCUUGGAUCAUUGCAUGUGUUGAGUAUGCUAUAUGCCCUUUUGCAAAUGUACAGUUUGCUUGCUCCUGGAAAAGCGAGCUCAUUUCACGUGAGGAUGCAAAAUGGAUUAAGUAAGAGCAACCCGAUGUGCAUCAUUGCUAUCAUAGAAAAACGUGCAGGAAAAACUGCAAUCUUAAACGUUUUUUACUUGAAAUAAUUACCAUCUAUGUGUUCAGUGACUGUCAGGACCCCUUGAAAACUGUUAAAAUCUCAUUGUAUAUUUUCAAAAAACCAUGAACAUCAAAGAGGAUAUUCCCGGACAAACAAACCUACAUUUUACAGAACCACAUUCCUUGUCUUACGCAGCAUUAUGAUACUUGUUUAAAAUAUAAAAAUGAAGUAUGAGGUGCUAGGCCUGUGAUGAAAGUAUUGGUUGCCCACAGCUAUAUCCCUGAGUUACUGUAUAUAUUACUCUAAAUAGAAAAUGUGAUGACUGGUGUUCAUUCUUUGUCUAUUAAUAUGGAAUAGCAACAUUACAUCACCUCUUCUGCAACAUUUAUGUUGUGCAUUACUUUUUAAAAUGGUAAUCAUAGAUUGCCAGUUGUCUGAAGCUGCCGUGCAGUCAUCAGUCUCCGUUGUACGCAAUAUAAUUCUUUAGUGUUUGAUAAUUUACUCUGAAUGUUUAACUCGGCCUUUCCAUCAUUCCUCAUUUGUGUGAGAAGUUUUUAAUGUAUUUUCAGUGUUCAUUAUCACAGCAACACAUGCUUUCAUAUAUGUGACUGUAACUUUUCAUACUUUUUGUAUUUUUUUUUUAUUUUAUUAAAACUAACUAAACAUCACAAUUUCUGUAACCAGUUAACCCUUGCCCGACGGACUUGCAUUACCUGAGAUAUUCAUGAACAUAACACAGCCUCUGUCAAGGCGAGAUCACAGAUUCUGAGAUUCCUGUGCCUGACAGAGGAGCAAUAGCGCCUGUUGAAAUGAGAUUCCCCAGAGAAGAGAUAGAAAAAGCUCUUCGCUAGGGAAAAAGAUGUUAAAGCGGCUCUGAUCAUGGUAUUGAGGGACAGCGAUUACGCAGUUAGAUGAGUUGUUAUUGUUUGGCAGUGUGAGUGACACGGAGCCCUGUUCUUUACGGAGAACCCCUAGGUUGAAUCUGGCACUGUGAAACAGGCAGAUUUAAUUUCCUCAUGGUCACCGGCCCAUUUCUUGUGGAAACCAGGAGAAUAUUAUCUGGGAACUUUUAAGGGUCCCUUGUUGAUGGGAUGAAAAGGCUAAGGGGAUUUGGACUUCAUAAAGCAAGAGUUUACUAUUGUGUCCUGUAACUUUUGUGUGUUGAAAAUAAACCCCCAUAAAAC